AUGAAGGGGAAUCUCAGUUCCCUACAGCUUGAUGCCUCACAAUUGAUUGGGGAGGAGUUUAUUGAGUGCUGGGACAGCAUAUUAAAGAAGUAUGAGAAGCAUGUGAACUCUCAAGAAAUAAGAAACAGUGCGGUGUUUGAAGGAACUAUUACUGACCCUACAACUAUGGUGGGAAGUCUCCAAGCUCAGGUGCAGGAGUAUAGGGCUGCCCAGAUGUCAGCCAAACCAUUGAUUAACGAGCUGCCCCGUCGGCCAGAUCAUGCUCAAAGUGUGCCUAAUUCGUGGACUAAGCCGACACAUGGCUGGGUCAAGGCUAAUUGUGACGGAGCUUGGUUGCAGCAGACGCAAAGGGGUGGGGCUGGCAGGGGUGUAGGCGGAUUAUGGGGUAGUAUGGCCUUGAUGAUGGAGGCGGAGGCUAUAAGAGAAGCCUUGCUUGCUUGCAUCAAGGGUCGAUUGUUAUGUGUGGAUAUUGGAUUUGACUCAUUGCAAUUGAUCCAAAUGCUCAGAGGUGAGCGUCAAGUAGAUGUUGCAGUGGAGGCUAUGGAUUAA